AACUCCUGCGUUCCAUCUGCAGCAAAUCCAUCCGUCCGUUUUUGGUGUAAUUUACUGUUUGAGAUUGUGAAUACUUGGCAUUGUUGGUACUAGAGCUCUUCUGAGAUCGUUAAGUGAAAAAACAAUGAUCUGGGUGGUGACCAAGGUGAGGUUUUAGGCCUGGAUUUGGAGUCUCUGAAGAUUUUGCUGAAGUGGGGGGUCUUUCUGGGGGAAAUGUUUUGUGGUUUUUUGGUUUUCUGGUGCAAGAGGGUGCUUGCGGUGGAGGAAGUGGUGAAUGCAAGGUACGGAGUGAUUGAGUGGUGGCCAUUGUUGUUGAGGAAUGCGUGGCCUAGGGUUUCUAAGGUUUGUAAGAUUUUCAAAGACCAAGGUGUGGUUCUGACCGCACUUUAGGUCUAUCUGCAUUAUUCUCAAUGGCAGAGACUUCUCUAACUACACUUGUGGCCAUGGAAGGUUUGCUUUCUUUGUUUGAUGAUUGAUGAUUCUUGUAAUUAGUGAAUAGCAAUUGAAAUUUGAAUUUUGGUAUGGAAAUAUGGAAAAUUUUGGAAAGAUAAAAUAUAUGAAGUUGAAGAACAUUCACAUUUAAUGAUUGUUAACGUUUCAGUAACUUUUAUCUUGGAAAGUUUGUGGUUGUUGUGUAAUGGCAUUUGCUGACUUAAAUAUUGGGUUAAGUUUAGCAAAGAUUAAUCUGAUCUCCUUUAUCAAUUCUUGACUGAAUUUCAUGCAGCAUUAUUAAUGUUGUCUUGUUUGGUUUAGAUGAUGCUGGUUUCUACUGUGUUUAUAUGGUUCAUAUUAACUUAUAGAAGAACAGAUUUUUUUUUGAAUAUCACCAAGCCGUAAAGAAACUUUGAUCUCAUUGGUGAUUCGAUGCUGAUUUGUGUCAGGUUUGUGAGCUGAAUCGUUGAGCCAUUCUAUUGUACAAUUUGCAUAUACAAUAGGGAGAGGAGAAAAAUUGUCAGAAGAUUUCUAUUUUAGCAUUCUACCAACUGAAAUGCAGGAUUUGAUUAUGAAAUUGUUUCUCAUAGUUUAUUAGAAUUCAAUGUUUUGGUUUGUCUAGUAGGAAGGGCUGUUUAUUUCUCAGAAAUAUUAAUUGACUGGAGUUUGGUGAACAUUGACAUUUUAAAAGAUGAGAGAAAACAAAGCAAUAAAAAAACCUGGUGAUGCAGCUGUUGUGCAUUUGAACUUAAAUUGUUA